AUGAUAGAACCUGCAAAACGAGAAACUUUCAUUCAAGUUUUUAUAUUUGGAAAGUCUCUGAAACAGCUGAACGAUGAUGGUGUCGAGUUGCAAUCAACUCUUGUGAGUUUUCCUAGCGUUUUCAUCAGCAGUUAAAAAAAAUUCAGAGCAGUAUCGGAUGUGGAAACUCACAUAUAAUAGAAGUUCCGAUUCUUAACCAAAGUUUCGAUUCUGGAAUGGAUAUUUCCAUGGAUUCGUUGGAGGAUUAUGCAUCUUUUGACUGUACUCCUCCGAAGGUUUUUCGCUUUGAGUAUCUUGAUAACUAUAAAUUGGACAAUUUUAAGGUUAUUAAUUGCUCAACUCCUAUAAUUCCUGAAAACUUGCCGAAGAUCAAUACAUUGCCGGAAAUAUCUAGAAUUUUCACGGUGUUAGAGGCUUCUGAAUAUAUCGGAGACGUUGAAUCCAUUGAUGUUGAAGGAAACUCUACUUUAUUGUUGUCGAAUGAAGAUGAGGUUCGUUCAAUCAAACUUAUAAUUUCGGGGUUGCUAUAGCUGAUUUACGGCUGACUUGAGCCAUCGAGAAAUGAAUCCUGACACGAUAAAAAAAAAGGAGACAGUGCCUGGUUGGUGGAGAGCACAGACAUGUCACGCCUUUUUGCGUUUUUAAGCUAUCCGUAAAUCGGCUAUAUCAACGUCUAAUGUUGAUCAAAAAGUUUGGUUGGACGUUUUGAAAACCGUUUAAACCUUUUUUGUGUUGGCGUUCAUGACUAUUCAAUUUUAAGGUCGGGUUCAUAGAAUCAUUAUCAACUUAUCACAAUUCCUUUGCGCUUGAGUUGACUGCUCCUUCGAAAUGCUCGGAUCGUUGUCACAAUGACGCAAUCGAUUCAGAACGUUUUCCGUAAUAUUUAUUAUCGUUGAUGAUGUAAAUGAGUUUCCUUUUUUUCAGGUCUAAUGAAGUCGCUCAGACAGUUUUUUGCUCGAAUCAGGUUUCAAACCCAGAGAGAUCAAUGGUACAAAUGAUGCAAUGAAUGGUCUUUUCUAUAAAAUUUUUGCAGGAAGAGGCUGAACAAAAACCUGGAAUCGAGAAAAAGAAAAAGCGGUUCUUUUUUUGAUAUUUUGUUUCCGUGAACUGUGUAAAAUAUUUAGAUGGGUUUUUAAAGUUUACUCUUUUAUUCGAUGACUAGUUUGAGGUGCUUUCAAUUGUUUCUUUUUAUUUUUCCAAUCAAUUUCAAAAAUGUGUGAAACGUUACCAAACUAUUUUUUCAACUUUCAGUCAUCACGUGACACGAAGAAGAACAUGUACGAAUGUUCCAGAAACUGUUGUUGAAGUUCAAUCCAAGUCCAAAUCUGCUAUCGUAAAUGAUAAUCCAGGUUUCCUGUUAAUUUUCAUAUUACAGACCAAGUUCGCUGACUUGUGUGAAGAAUCGGAAGAAAACUUGCGAAAUGAGAGGUUUUGUACAUUCGAAGUAAUAAUUCACUAAGUAGUUUUAUAGUGCCUCUACUCAAACUCAACAAAAGAGUCUGGACUUGGAAAAAGUCAAAGAAGAUGUCAUGGGUCCUCGGAAACUGAGAUCGAGGUAAAAGAAUUGAAAAAUAACGAGAAAGUUGAAUACGGGGGAAAUUAAGUUCGUAUGACCUCAUAAUCAAGUAAUGUUGCUUUUUCCACUGAAAAUCAUUUUUAAGAUCUGAAAUUUUUUUUUUCAAUUUCUAAUUAAUCGAGAACGCUCACAAUUACAUCUAAUAAAUGAAAAUGAAAAUUUGAUGAUGAGAAGACGUUACAAGAAUUUUAAUUUCUUUUUUUUAGAAAAAAAAUUGAUUGAUCGAGAAAUUAUAAUUCUGACGAAAGGCUAGUUUUUUUAAAUUGAGUUCAGUCGUUUCUCAAUGGCAGCUGAAACGCCUGCCGGAGCACCCGAGAAGCCGGCAAGCGUUCUAACUAUUGUCAAUGAAGCACAGGAAUCGCUCGAAAACAGUUUUCUAAAUUUCUUUUUCGAAAAGUCUACAGAAAUAUUUUCAGACGACGAGUCGUCAUAUUCUCCAGAAGAACAAGAGCCGUAAGCGAAGUUUUAAUUUCAAUCGAAGAGAAAAGCAUUUCUGAUAGAGCGACAACCGAAGAAAAUCGUUUGAAACCGGAUAAAGUGCAGAAAAUUCAAGCAGAUAUUUUGACGGCUAAGAAAAUCAGAUUGAGGUUAUUUUUUUUCUGUCAAAUUUUCUGAGUUUUUUUCUGCGUUUUUUUUUUAAAACAAAUUUUUACAUUUCAAGACGAGCUUCUGCCUUAAAAACCUUCGAUCCCCGCUGAAAAAUAACGCAUGUGCUCAUCCCAACUCGGCGAAUAUUUCGGUUGAGAACUACGGUUCAAAUUGUCAAAUUUAAAGCUUUUGUAUACAUUUUUUCAGAUGAACGAAAAGUUUUUGGGAAAAUUGAAAAUACAGAACAUUCGUGAGUUUUUUUUUUCCGAAAGUCAACAUAUUAAUCAAAAGAUCAUCAAAAGUUUUCACUCGUGAUUUUGUUGUAUUUGUCUGUUUUUUUAUUUAUCUGAAUAUUUGUUCAGAUACGAUUAUAAAAAAUUGAAUUUCAUUUUUCUUCCCAGAUCUGUUUCGAGCGAUCUGUCCGAUGCAAAGGCCGCCCACCAGUCUUCUAGAAGGCAAAAAAGUGCUCCAGCAGUUUUUGAAAAUGCCACACUUAUGGAAUCACGUUCGAAAAGAACAUUUUUUAAAACUUCAGGAUUUUUUCAGCCGUUGAAACUUGUGCAGAAUUCAGCGAAAACCAACAUAGUUUUCCGACUUGUUUUGAGGAAGUUUUGAGGUUAGGAAUCUUUUUGAAAUGUUGAAUUGAGCUCAAAAUUUUCUAAUAAUAAGUAUUUCUAUAAAGAUGAAUUUUCCUUUCUCUAGCUUUUACGUUUGACAUUUGAGCGAUUUUUGAGAAAAAAAGAGAAAUUUAUAUUUUGAUAAAGGUUAGUGAAAAAAAAAUUCAAAAUUUUGAAGGCACUAAUUCAUUUAAUUUCAGCCAUCCGCAUCAACCAAGUGAUCAGAAGUUUGAAAUCUUUCAAAACACGUCGAAUUACUCAUUUGAAGGGUUAGCUUGCUUUGGAAAAUCUGUCUGGAAAAUGAAUAACUUCAGGUUUGAAGGAAUUUCGAUGGAUGAAGAUGUCGACUACCAAUUGCAGGGAAAUGACACCAUAAACGAUCUGUUAGGGGUGGCAAAGGUAAGAAUACAUUUUUUUUUUUCUGUUCGCCUCUUUAGAAGGUUAAAAUUUCAUUUAUUUUUCUGUUCUUAUUUCCGAGAAAAAAAAACAAAAAAGAAAUCUUUGAUAUUUGAAAACUUUGUUUUUAAGAACUUCGCACGAGAUUUGAACGUUCUGUCGGUUCCGGACGUUUAUGCGUGUGUCGACAAUUUUCCAGAAAAGUUAGAAAAUCGGGAUGCAGCGUCAGUUGAAGGAAAUUUGUUGGAUUUGGACUCUUCUCAGAAUCGAAAAGUUGCGCCGGUUCCGUUCUAAUUAUGUGUUCUGUGUAGAAUUUUUUCGUUCAGAUGUUUUUGUUCGAUCCGGAAAAAUUAUCGAGAGACAGAUUUGCUUCGCCAAAUUGCGACUGUCUCCAUGAUCCUUCCAAUUUUGAUGGUAUUUCUUUUCUUUUUUUUUUUUUUGGAAACACGAUGUGUUUAAUGUGGGAACAAAAAGUUUUCCAAAAACUCAAAGAUCGCUCUUUUUUUUGGGUUUCAUGAAAGUACGCGAGAAAAAUCAUUUGAGGCUUAAAAAUAUUUCUUCAAACUUUUUAACAACAAAAAAACGUCUGAUUUUUUUGGUUUACUCCUAGUUUAUUUUCAAUGAAUAAAAAUUUAUUUUUAGCUCUAUUAUAACUUCAUCUGAAUUUCCAAUUUGUUUUUUUGAAUCUCAAAAAUUUUAAAGGGGAAAGUUCGCAAGUUGGAGUUUUGUUGGAAAAAUCAGAAGGCGGCGGUUGAAGAGACCAACGAAGACUCCUCGUUGGAGGAGUAUUGGGACUUCGGAGCAGAUUCGGAUCCCGAUGAAGAUGGUUUUUCUUUUCUAUUUCUUUGUUCAUUGCUGAUUAAACUUGGAACUUGAACUAAUUAAAAUACGCAUAUUUUCGAAAAUGAAUUCGAUAUUUUCAUGUCGAAGCUUUAUUCAACACGCUUCAUAUUUUUUCUCUAGCAUUUUCUGUUGGUUUGGUGGUAGGCUUUUUAAGUGUUUUUUCUUCCUCAUUUUCGCGUCUUUGGCCAAAUAGUUAGUCAUACAGUAUGGUAACACUUUGGCUUCUUUCUUCUCUUAUAGUAAUUUUUUUUAUUCUGUUGAAAAUGAUUCUUCAAAAUCGGAUUAUUCAUAUAAGAUAAAUUUGCAAAAAAAUACGAAGUACUUAAGGAAUUUCGAAGACCUGUUCGUCGCCCUAGACGCCGUCUGAGUGGUUCGACAGCCGGCCAGACGAGCAACAGAAAAAGAAAACUGAAAGGAACUCCCGAUGAAAAAAAGAAAAAGAAAAAAAUAAUAAGAAGGUUUGAUUUUUGAAAAAAAAGUGCAAAAAAAGUAGAAAAAUAUUUUUUUAUAAGCUUUAUUUUUUUCUUUAUUAUUGUUGACUGAGGUCUGCUUCAUUUAUGAAUAGUCGCUUGGGCCUUUUUUUUUACAAUAUUUGAUGUCCUGACGAAUAGUAUAAUAGUAAGGUCUCUGUAUUUUUUCUUGAUUAUUCGUUUUGCAGGGAGGAGGAAAGUCGAGGGAUGACAAAAUUUUUGUGAUUUCUUGCAAGUUCCCGGUUUGAUCUAAAUUUUCAUUAUACCAAAACACCAAGUUUAGAAUUGCAAAGCUCAGUACAACUGGAAAGUGAGACACGGGAAAUUGCGUCUUUUGGACCACGCCAUGUCCCAUUACAAUGACAAUAACCUCGUCUGUCAAAUCUGCCAAAUCAACAUGAAAACUACGCGGCAGGUCCGUCUCAUAAAGAGCUCAUUAGCGUUAUUUUGAAAUUCAUAAGCGUUAUUUUGAAAUUUCAGCUUAUUCGAUUUUUUCUUCAAAAGCUUUUUUUCAAGUUUGUAUCUGAUCGAAUGAACUACCCUCACUUUUGAAGCGCAUGGUUGCACGGAAUGGCUCUACGAUUGCUCUGGAGCAGAGAUGCUGAGAGAACACUCCGUGGUUCUAAGUAGUCACCGCAGGGCGACACGCCCGGCUGAAUAGAAAAAUUGAGAUGAAGUAUAAGUAAAACUUCUCCUGUUACAAAGUAACUGCUUUGCUGGGCGAGCGUCCCGUUUCGUCAGCAGCUCUGCUCUGAGGCACACAAUAAACCAACGCGUUAGGUAUUUAGAAGAACUGGAAACCCGAAUUUCAAAACGGGAACUCUAUUGAGCCAUCCCUCGUGUGUCCACUGAGUUUCGAGCCGAGAAUAAAAAAUAAUAAAAGCUUAUCAAUCUGUUAUUUUCAGAUGCGCUAUCACUACAAGAAAAUUCAUUCACAGCAGAAGGCUAGUGGCUACGGAUUGAAAGAGUUUAUUUGCACCUUAAUGUUUUUCUUUAUUCAUUUAGUGUAUUCAGCCUCCCGGUAACUGGGGAAGGACUUCAAAAAGUCUGGACGCAAUGCUUUGGACGUCAGUAUUUUUGAAUUAUUCAUUUUACUUUCACAAAUUUUCACGAGUACGCGAGAUAAUUUCAUCGAAAAACUUUUUGAAACGGAUUGAUUUGUAUGGCUUACAUUGGAUAGAGCGAAUUGAUUUUGGGUCUUUCGCACCUUUUUUUUUUCUUUUUUUUUAGACUCCCACUUCCACAAGUUUUUUUUUGGGUGAAGCCGUCUUUUUCAGUAUCACUGUGUUUUAAAAGUAUGAAAGAGGUUCAAGAAAAAAUAAAGAAGAUUGAUUUUAAAUAAGAAGCUAUAUUUCUAGUGCAGGCAUUAUAGACCAUUCCGCGCCAGCUUGUCACGAUUUUCGUUUCCCUCUGAGCUCGAGAAUCAUUCCGUUCGAAGCGCGUGAGAUGUUUCUCUAUCUGUGUCUUCUAUUUGGCCCAAAACUUCCCUUAUAUUAAAGGCGCAAGCAGAGACAAUAUCGCAUGCAUCGAAGAAAAGGGUUCUGUAGCUAAGAGAAAAAAAAAAGAAAUUCGUGACAAGCUGGCAGGGAAGGGGCUAUAUCUUGUGUCAACCGGCUCUUAAGCUUCCUUUUUUUUCUUGAAAAUAUAAGCUCUGAUUGUACUGAAAAGAUCGCGCCAAAUCCAAAAAAAAAAAAAUUAGAAAAGAUUAACUUCAGUCCGUUACUAUCUAACGUAGUUUUUUGGAAUUUAGGGUAAGAGUGGUGAAAUUAAGAAACUUGUGCGUAAGAGAAACGUUGCAGACCGCGAAAAGUUGCUUGGCCCGGUCGAUCAAAGCGGAUUGAGCAGGAAGCGGAUGAAAAGAAGUUAUUCGUUCUCAAAGUGAAUUCUGUGGUUCUGCAUCAUUUCUCUCGCUUACAAGCUUUUUGUUCGACCACCGGCAGUUAGAACCACGGAGAUGAGGAACCAAGAGACUACUCUUCAGAGCCAUUUUUAUCUUUUUUUCAUCAUUUAUUUCAAAAAAAAGUUUUAAAUCACAAUUUGUAUUUCUUUUCGAGAUGGUUUCUCAUCUCAGUGUUUUUUUUUUGUACUAAGGAGGUCAUUCCACUCAAAAUUUUUAGUGUUUUUUCGUUUUGCUGGAGGAAGCUCCUCAAAAUCUCAAACUUACCAUCUUAAAGCUGUAUUUUAAGAUGAUCAUUUAUUUUGAGGCUACGGUCUUGUAAAAUAGAAAGUGUGUAUGUGCUUAAAAAAAGCUGCGAAAAUAGAGCCAACGAAAAAAUUGCACGUGAAUAAGUUGCCGUGGAAGAAUUAGCCUAGAAUGACGAGCCGCGUGAAUUUCGCCAGCGUGGGCAAAAAAUGUUUUUGAAGGCGUGCUCCAUGGACAACUUUUUUCGAAUAUAAGUGUUUUAUUUUUGUGAAUUUUUUUAGGUUUCUGCUAAUUUUCAGUUACUACCCAUUUUUUUGUGUCUAACUUCGAUUAUAACAGGUCUUAUUUGUAAGAGGCUCGAAUUUAUUCACUUAUUUUGUGAGGCAUUGAAUUUCGUGUGGGAAACUUAUCUCAAAGGAUUGGAUAGCAGACAACUGAAGAAAUUAUAAAUUAUGGGCCUUUUUUGAGGAAUAAUUCGCAAUAUUAACAUAUAUAUCUAAAACGUAUAUAUGGCAUUGAAAAGGUUUGGUUAUCAUUGUUUUUUGGAUGGUAGGAAGGAAUUUUGGAUCCUCGAAAAGUCGUGAGCGUAAAUUGUGCAUACAACAAUUUUCGGGGCUCGAAUGAUUGAAAAUUUGAAUUUUGGAAAACGAUUUUUAGAAAUAUUUAAAUUUUUUGGUUUUUUUUAUAAAUUCAUUAAUUAUUUUGUAAACAGAAGUUGAUGGAGAAUGGAUACAGAAGGGAUGAAAAUAAGAUAGACAUUUUACAGCGAAUCUUUGUCGACGGGCGAUAAAGGCGCAUUAUUUGAUAGAAAACGAGUUGAAAUAAUCAAAACAGGUCGAAAGAAAAUCCUCACAUUAAAACAACAAAGGAAAGAAAUUGAACGAAAAAAAAGAUAAAAUAUCAAAAAAGAGGUGAAUUUUCCCAGGAUUCGAAUUUUCAAAUGCCGUGUUCAAAGUAAUUUCCGCGAAAUUCAAAAUAGCCGUCAGAGAAAGAGAAAGAUAACUAAAUUUUGGAGGGUCAGAGACCAUUUUGCAUUUCGCGGAAAUUACUUUGAACACGGCAAAAGAUUCGAGCCCUCAAGAUUGUUUAAUGCACAAUUCACGCUCACGAUUAUUCGCGGACCCAAAAUUCCUUCGAAGGAUCCUUUGGCAUUUAGCAGGAUCCUGCCAAAAAUUUUUGCUGAUAAAAGCAACCCGAACGUCACCAGUAUAAUUUGAAAGUAAAUUUCACAUUUUUUUUAAAAGAAACUGAACUCUAACAUUCAAGAGAAUCCGAUGAUAAACAGUUUCAAAAAAAAAUAAAUAAUAAAAAAUGCAAUUUACAAUUUGCCGACGUUGUUCCGGGGAGCGCAUUAAAAAAUUUUUUCACACGCUGACGAAAUUGACUACGCUCAUUUUCCUUCGGCCUUUUCGCAGCUCAUUUAUAUUCGGCUUUUCACGGCUUUUUUUUUCGUGGUGUGCAGGUUGCGAUUUUCAUAUAAAUUGUUCGAUUAAGUUUUCAAAAAUUUCAGUGCGCGAAGUGAAAUGACCAUCUUUUUUUUUUAGCAACUUGACAACGUUAAUGUAAAAACCUGAUGAUGUGAUUUGAGUGUUUCAACUCGUCCUCGGCGUAUCGUCGGAGGAACUCAAAUGGCCCGUGCUAAGGGAGGCGCGCGAGGAGUUCUUGAACCCCCUUUCAUCACCCGAUACAACUCUUGUCAAUGA